ACUGUGACCUUUAAAAUGACGUCAGUUGCAAGCAAAAUGGCGACCACUGCAGAGCUGACGCUUGAAAGAGAUGUCUCCAGGGCAAUCGAAUUACUGCAACAUCUUCAACAAAAUAACCGAGAUAUCCCCCCGCAGAAGUUAAUUGCCUUACAAAAGGUCCUUGAAAGUGAAUUCUUCACAGCAGUCAGAGAGGUGUAUGAACAUGUGUAUGAGACAGUAGAUAUCCAAGGUGAUCCAGAGAUCAGAGCUAAUGCAACAGCUAAAGCUACAGUUGCUGCAUUUGCAGCAAGUGAAGGCCACGCCCAUCCUCGUGUCGUUGAACUCCCUAAGACUGAUGAAGGAUUAGGCUUUAAUGUAAUGGGAGGUAGAGAACAGAAUUCACCCAUCUACAUCUCACGUAUCAUCCCUGGGGGUGUGGCUGACCGACAUAGAGGACUUAAGAGAGGGGACCAACUUCUUUCUGUGAAUGGAAUUUCUGUAGAAGGAGAACAACAUGAGAAGGCAGUCGAGCUGCUAAAAUCAGCCAAGGAUCGAGUGAAAUUGGUUGUUAGAUACACACCCAAGGUGCUGGAAGAAAUGGAAGCCAGAUUUGACAGACAGAGGGCAGCACGUAGGCACAAUGCUAACCAGAUGAGUUCGUUUGAAAAUAUUUAGAGAGUUGCAUCCAGAUUAGUCAUAGUCUCCUUAAUCUACAAGCCAUUUAGACUCCCAUAUGUAAGAAUUCUUGGUUGUCAUGUAUGCCAUUUUAAUCUGCAUUUUAUUCUUUCAUUCCACAUACCAGUCACAGAAGGUAUCGUGGAAGUUGAACAGGUCUUGAUGUUUGCUUUGUCUUUUAUUGCAAAACCUGAAUAUAAAGAAUUAGGCAGAGUGCAUGGAAGGACUCCAAACCUGCUUGGUAUGUGUAAACAGUUGAACCUCGUUAAUGAGACUUUACAGAUUACCUUGUGUGUAAUUAGGAACCUUGGAAUAGUAGGAAUGAAAACAAUGAAGAACAAAGGAUGGGGACCUCAAUUUGUCCUUGUUCUAAGCAGAAUGUUGCAUUCACAGUGCUCUUAUUGACGAGGCUCAACUGCAUCAGGAAAGCUUACUUGGUAUGCUGUCACAGUCUUUACACACAUCUUGUUGAACUUUAUUAUAAAAGUGUUAUUUCCUAAGUAAUUGUGGAGGCUGCUCAUAGUUCAAUUGUCAGGUUUUUCAUUUCUGUAUGGAUAUCUGUCUGUUGUGUCUUUGUGAAACUGUUUUUUCAGACUUUACCACAUAAUAGACAAUGACAGUGGUGACAAUGGAGCCCGUUCCCCUUAAAUUCAGCGCAGUUACUGACGGUAUUCAGGAUGUAUGUCGUUGUAGAUAGUAAAGUUAUGUAGGUCAAUGAGAUCUGACUGCCUUGUCUGGUUUUACAUGUAAUUAGAUAAACUUGAAUACUGGGCAAAACAAAAUUGUUUGUUUUUCCACACACAAGAUGGCAACUCCACCAUGAGACAACACUUUCAUUUUGUCAUUUUCAAAUGGAGGAAAUUGUUAAAAUAAUUUUUCAACGAAAUACUUCCGACAUUACUGUAAAGAACGUCUCUGCUUUACAUUUUGAAAGUUCAGAGAGAAAAAAAAAACAAGUACAAAAAUCAGUGUCUUGGCUUCUCCCUUGUUGGAGUAUAACUGUUAAUUAAUUAGUUAAUUUGAUUAACAAGUUGUAGGCAUGGUUUUGUAUAGUUCAUACCAGUGGGAUUUGUCAAAUUACGACGUGUACCAUAUGUUCUGUAUUUGCAAGUUAGUGACCUGAUGCUUGCUUUAUUUAUUUGUAUUGCAACAAUUGGCAAACAUUAAUUUGGGUGAAUUGGCAAGAAAGUACUUUUUUACACACCCCUAAGAAAGGAUCAGCAUGAAAGUAACUACUUUACUCAGUAAGACGUAUCUGAGGCACCCAAAUAACUCAAGAGUCUUAUGCUGUAAAAGUGCAGGAACUUUUUUUUCCAAUGGAAACUCUUAUUGUAGUGAUACGUGUAAAUGGAAUGAAAGUUGUCCAGUUGCUCUGCAUUUUGGUGUUCUUAAGUUUGUGUUUUUAACUAAUUGAUCUGUGUUUGUGUAGUGUUAACCAUUGUACAAGACAUGUAUUAAUUAAUAAACUCUAUGACCAAAUAA